AUGGCCUCUAUUGGUACUCUCUGGACUACUCCCAUCCAAACUUCGGGCAAGCGCAUUAAAGCGGCCGCUGCGCUUGGUGGCCUCAAGCUCGACAAACCAGCUUCGUACAAACACUACGAGGAUAACAAAAAGCCCGAGUUUCUCUCCAAGUUUGCCUCGGGCAAGGUCCCAGCCUUUGAAGGCGCUGACGGCUUUACCCUUUUUGAGGGUGGCGCUAUUGCGAGAUACGUUGCUUCUCUUGCUCCCAACUCAGGUCUGCUUGGAAACACUCCCCAAGAGCGAGCACUGGUCGAGCAAUGGAUCUCUUACCUCGAAACCGAGAUAGCCGCCCCCGUCCGCUUUAGCGUUCGCAUGCUCGGAGGUGCCUGGCCCUACAACAAGCCAGCGGAUCAGCUCCACCGUGAUCUCCUCCCUCGCCCACUUAAAGUCCUUGAUGAGCAUCUCGCAACCCGAACCUACCUCGUCGGCGAGCGCAUCACGCUUGCGGAUCUCACCGUCGGAAUGGUCAUGGUCGUCGCCUAUGAGCAGAUCAUUGACAAGAAGACGCGCGAUCAAUACCCCAACCUUCACCGUCUCUACGAGACCAUUCGCGAGCACCCACAGUUGAAGGCGAUUUGGGGCCCGACCGAGUACAUUGACGCUCCCAAGCAAUACACCCCGCCAGCAAAGGCACCAAAGGAACCAAAGGAGCCCAAGGCACCCAAGGCUGCUGCUCCCAAGGCGGAAAAGGCACCGAAAAAGGAGGCUGAAGAGGAAGACGACGACGAUAAUGGUGUUCCCCCAGAGCCAAAGGCCAAACACCCACUCGACGAGCUCCCUAAGAGCACGUUCAACCUGGAGGACUGGAAGCGCGCGUAUUCCAACAUGGAGACCAAGGGUCCCGGUGGAAGCAUCGAGUGGUUCAACGAGCGAUUCGAUCCCGAGGGCUUUUCCGUCUGGCGUGUCGAUUUCAAGUACAACGAGGAGCUCACUCAGACAUUUAUGAGCAGCAACCAAAUCUCUGGCUUCUUCAACCGCUUGGAGGGUGCUAGAAAGUACCUGUUUGGCUCAAUGGGUGUCCUAGGAGAGAACAAUAACAGCAUCAUCACUGGUGUCUUGAUCUGCAGGGGCAAGGACUAUAAGCCCGUCGUCGAGUUUGCACCAGAUUGGGAGAGCUACUCGUUCCAGCCUCUCGACUACAAGGGUGCCGACAAGGACUUUUUCGAGUCGGCUCUUGCUUGGGAUCUCGAGAUUGACGGAAAGAAGUGGGCUGCGGGCAAGAACUUCAAGUAA